CGCUGAUGAAGAUGUUUUGCCUUGAGAUGGAGCCUGCACCUGUAGCUCUUCUCAUUCUCCUGAAUAUCCACUUCCAGCAUCCUGCAAGACCAGAGGGACUCCCGCUGCCAGAUGCGACAGCAACACGCAAAGCAGAAAGACCUCCGGAUCUUGAUCUCGGUGAAGUUACUUUCAAUAUUGCAAGUCUAUCAGGUACUGUAACUCCACCAAAUAGAAAAGGCCUACACGAUUAUUCAAAUUUUCCAAAAACAAAAAGUGAAAAAGUAGAUUUUGGAAUCUCACAUUCUGAGACAACUCUGCUGUGGGUCCCAUUCCGUGACACUACAGAUCUUGAAGUUGGAUACAAGGUCAAAAUAAAGGAUUUUGAGCAAUACGUCUGCAGACCCACACUCCUCCGUCUGUCGGGUUACUUACAGCUGUCAGAUGGAUAUUUUUGUAUAUAUGCACUGGGAGGACAUGUCUACACAACAGUGGAUUUCGAGCUUUUAGUGAAUACGGAUGACUUUGAGUUACUGGAAUGGAUACCUGGUGAGUAUGGAUCCGUUCCUGCUUACAGCAUUAAGAGUAGCACCUCCAAUUUUGUGGGGAGAAAUAAAUAUGGCCUGGGAAAUGUGAACACUGACAAAAAGGCAUUCUAUCUGCCCUGGAUAGCAGAUAAAAAAGAAUACCAGUACAGCAGUUAUGAAGUCCUGACUGUUGUUCAUGAGCCCUACAAUCAACAUUUAUCUCAGGUCUUUUAUUUCUCUGAAAAAGCAAAUAUCACAAGGCACCAUCCGCACACACUGAAGAAGUCCCGAGUAACAAACAAUCACAAUCAGCAGGUCACUAAGACAGUACGUCUGGCAGAGUCUACUGAGACUGUGAACACUUGGGAGAUAGGAUUUUCGGUGUCCCUCUCGAUGUCUUAUAGCGUCUCUGCCGGCAUUCCAACCAUUUCCCAGACUUCGGUCAGCUUUGGGCUAGAAACAAGCUUCUCCCUGUCGAAAAGUAGCUCAAAGAGCCAAUCCAAGGAGCACUCCUUGACCGUGGAGGUCAUAGUCCCCGCUGGCCAGACCUGUGAGGUGAGGAUGGAGGGCACUAAGACGGAGGCAGCCAUCCCUUUCAGAGCACACCUCACUAAAACCUACAAGGACGGCAGAGAACAUCACGCCAAUAUCACUGGCAUGUACAGAGGAACUCAGGUGGGGGAGAUAAAUGCUGUGGUGGAGCAGUGUGUUUCAGUCCUGGUGAACACAGACCGAUUAGUAAGAGGGGCUGCAACUCCCUCCACACAAGCCCCUAGCCUCACUUGGUCUUUGGUUACGUCGUCUCUUGGUGUGGCAUGUCUGGCUGCUGCCAUCAUUUCAUGAGGACUAUUUAUCCAAAAGAUUUGACAUUGUCACAUAUCAGAUGAUAUACUGUAUACUAUGAUUUCCUUUGUCACAUAUAAGAUGAUGUAUGCUAAUGAUUUCCUUUGUUUGAAUUUGAAUGUCAUGCACCUGAUCUGGUGUUGAUCAAAGGUUCUGAACUAUAACUAAAACUAUAUUGACAACUAAUAGUAUUUUGCUAGCUCUCUGUUUUGUUUGAGACAUCGACAGAAGUGACGUUACACAAUCGUGCUUGGAGCACCUUUAAUUAAUUUCAGAUAUGACUGAAUAUAGACAAUUUAUUAAGCCAGAUAUUUUAUGAAUUUUGACAUCCUUAGAAAAAAAAUACCAUAGCAUGGAUUAUUGACACAAGUAUAGCCACAAUAUAGUCUGAGCAGAGCAUUUGCUACAUUUUAUAUAGGACUAAUAACUCCAAAACUAUACAACCAAUCACUCUAUACUGUUGAAAUUGAAAUUGUACAGUGACAUUAUUAUUUACCAACCACAUGGGAGAUAUUCUCCUUUGUUAGCAAGUAUGAGCAAAUAUUAUAUAUCUAUAGUCUUUUGUUUUAAGUGUUGCUUAUUCACAGAAUCUUUGUAAAGCCACAGUUAAUGCAGAGAGCAAGUCAGUGAUUUUGAGGCACUAUAGCCACGGGGUAAGCAAAUGUUAAGACAGUGUACCCCUAUUAGGGGAGAUUAUAUGAAAAAUCGUUAGGCGGUGGAUAAACAUGAAAUUUAGUAGGCUUCAUAUGUUCCUUGGGUGAUCCAAAGCAACCUUGAAGGGAUGGCCAAAAAUGUCUCAAACAGGAAGUGGUUUUCAAGAAAUUCAGAUGGGGGAGAUAAAUGUUGUGGUGGAACAGUGUGCUGCCAUCCUGGUGGGCAGAGAGAGAGUACACAGGGGAGCUGCUUCUCCAUCCACAUGAGCCCCUGGCUGCUCGUCUUUGGUCACAUUGUGUUUCUGUGUGGCAUCUCUGACUGCUGUCACUCAUGAGGAGUAUUUGUCCAAAUAUGUACAAUAUAACACUGUCAGGCACUGUAAUAGACAAUACAUUGUAUGGUAACUAGCCUAUAAUGUUCUUUGACAUGCAUGUUUGAAUUAACAGCAUACUGAUGGUGUAUUAAAACAAUCAAAAUAUAGUACAACAUUUACAGGUAUUAUGUGCAUGUUUCUUUUAUGGAUU